AUGUUCUUGAUUAUUAGUAUCGGAUAUAUAUUUUCGAACUCUUACUAUUACAUUUUCCCAGCAGUUUUCUCAAUAUUAUAUGGAAUUCUGUUUUUCUCGAAGCCAUUCAUUACAAACGAGUUACUUUCGUCAUCAUCAUACAUAUCCGCGCUUACUCUUGCAGCUACGAUCCUUUGUUUCAGUUUAAUUUCAAAAUAUAUUUCUCAAACCUCAAUUAUCACUUUAAACAUCGGUGUUGCCAUUCCCAUUACAUUCUAUUUCCGAUGGACCGUUUCUCGGCUUAAAAAGAAGAGUAGAACUCUCAUUCGAGAUCAAAAUUUUGUUGAAUUGUGCAAAACACCGAAAGAUGCAGCUCUUUACUACGUGUACGCCGCCAUGCAAGGCUGUUCCAAUGUCUAUGACUGUUCCCACGUCGAAUCCCUUCAAAUGAAAUUUGGAGAAGAUACAUAUGUCAGUUACUUCCUUUGCAUGUCCGAAAUGUCCCUUCACAAAUUCCCAAAGAAUGUCGUUACAAAACCGUCAGGAUUUUUGAAAACCGAUUUAAUUUUUGUGAAUUACACCAAAGAUUGA